AUGAUUUUUUAAAUUUAAUCACUAACAGGUCAUGGUUAAUUUUUGGUAGAGGAACUUAAUAUUUCUGAAUGUUAAUUUGAAUAAUCAAAAGGAUCCCUUGGAGGUGCAUUCCACAUUAUAGCUUAAAAAAAUACGGUAAUUAAUAUUUUGAAUUCUUCUUUUUACAAUUUAUCAACAACCUUUUUUACAAAUAAUGGGGGAGCUUUUUAUUUGGAUGGUACUUCAUCAUUAUCUCUCAUUGUGGGCAUUAUUAAAGUGAAAGUAGAAAAUAUAUUUGCUUAGCAUAACGGAGGUUUCUUGUACUUGAAAAGCCAAAGUUCCUAAAUAUCAAUAAAUAUUAAAGAAAUCAAUUUAAGUAAUGUUUAUGCUAAGAAUGGAUCUUUUGCAUAUCUAAAGUUUUCAUUUUUUUCAAAAUCUUAAAUAGAAGUUUAAAUUAAUAAUAUUUUAUUUAAUAAUAAUAAAAAGGUAUUUAUUGAUUAUUUGAAUCAAUAAAAAUCUUUGUCUCGUUUAGAAGUAUCAUCUCUAUUAAAUAAUCGUUUUUUAUUUUACAUAGAUUCAGCCGCAAAAGUAAUAUCUCAAAAUUUUAAAAUUGAAAAUUUAAUUCUUGAAUCAGCAUUUAUAAUAAAUAACAGUAUAUAUAAACAUAUUGGUUUCUUAAUUGUACAAUAGACAUAGCAUCAUCACCUAUCCAAACUAUGUCAUAUUCAUUAGAUUGCUUUUUAUAAUUAAAUUAAAUUAAAAAAAAUCUUAUAACUUCUUUGUUCAAUUUUGAAAUCCAUUAUGCAAGAAUGA